AUGUUCAACAACGCGGCAACAUAUGACCGCUGGGGAAACCUAACGUCACCAGAACAACCCGCCCAAAAUGUCCGUCCUCCUACCGCCGCAUGGUUAGGACAAGGUAGCACUGGCCUGCCUCCUGUUCCUCCUCCACCUCCUUAUGGGCCUUCGAGGUCCGACCAUCCACCUCCGCCCUCGUUCCCUAUCGAACUGCCACCACCAUCCCCACCAUCAAGGCCCACCGGUGGCGCCUUUGGAUUCUCAACCAGCUUUCGCUUCGGGCUUCCGGGCAGCGGAGCCCCGACUACGCCGCCAGUUCUUUCCUCCAGGUCCCCUACAGGUGGAGCCCCUCCAGCCUGUCACGUACCCAACCCAACAUCAACAGCAGCACCACAAAGCCGCUCUACUCACCCUUCCGACCCAGAGAAACGCUAUGCCUCUCCCACAUUCACACGUCCCAUCUGCAACACAUGCCAUGUCAACUGCGUCAAUGUCCGCGAGAGCAAUACGAACUUCUGCGAGCGAUGCUUCCAGGAUGCCCUGAGACGUAGGGGUAAGAAGGAAUCGCCGAAGGCAAGUAGGCCCAAGUGCAGGGUCUGCCACGUUAAUUGUAUCAAUGUGAGAGAUGGGGAGAUGAGCUAUUGUGAGAGGUGCUGGCAGGAAGCGAUGAGGAAGAGGGGCAUUAGGGAGGAUGGGAGUGUGUCGGCUUAA